AUGUGUGCGCAUCCCCAUACACCUCACACCGAUAGAGAUACUGACACAGACAAAUCUGAAGCUUUUGUUUUUAAUAGCUCCGUUUCUGACACUGAAAAUCGGUGUCCGCCCCAGCACACAUUUCUGCUCACCGAGACAAGUGUGGUUUGGCUUGGUCAUACCGGACUUACAAUAACAACUAAUAUUUUAACCGGUAUCAAUGUAUCCUACCUUAAUUUGGAUGGAAUUGCAUUUCAAAAUAUAGACUUCAAAGCUGUUGCCGAAAUCGCCAAUCUCAAAUAUAUCGUGUUUGAAAAAUUUUACUUUUGUUCAAUGACCCUGCAAGUGCGAAUGUGCAAACCAAACUCGGAUGGAGUUUCUUCAUUUCAAGACCUUCUGACCAAACCAGUUCUACGAUAUUCUACUUGGAUCAUGGCAUGUAUCAUUUUGAUUGGAAAUCUAAUGGUACUUUGGGGAAGAUUCAUCUAUCGAGAUGAAAAUAGGGGAGUAACUAUGGUCAUUCGAAAUCUCGCCCUAUCCGACAUUCUUAUGGGAUUCUAUUUGUUCAGUAUUGCAAUUCAGGACUUUCGUUUUCGCAAUCAAUAUCAUAAGGUGUCUAGGGAUUGGAUAAGUUCGUGGAAAUGUGCUGCUAUUGGUGUCCUAGCUGUAACAUCGUCUGAAGUGUCAAUGCUGAUUUUGGCCUUUAUGUCAUUGGAGAGAUUUCUAUUGAUUGCACAUCCGUUUCGAGCCCACCACCGUUUGAAUCCGAAAAAUAUAUUCGUAUCCUUACUUUCCAUAUGGUUAUUGGGAGGUGGCGUGGCAAUUGCACCAGCAGUUUUUUGGCGAUCAAGUACUAUGUUUUAUGGAACCUAUUCGGGAACUUGUUUCCCAUUACACAUACAAGAGCCAUAUCCAUUGGGAUGGCAGUACUCAGCGUUUAUCUUUCUCGGAAUUAACUUUUUCCUUCUGAUGUCCAUAAUUGUCCUGUACACGGCUCUAAUGGUGUCAAUAUGUAGAACACGAAAAGCUACACCAUUGUCAUUGCUCGAUUGUGAGUUUGCUGUAAGGUUCUUCUUCAUAGUACUGACAGAUGUCAUGUGUUGGGCGCCAAUUAUAGUUAUGAAGAUCUGGGCUUUUGUGCGAUAUCAUAUAUCAGAUGAUACCUACGCUUGGUUAGUCAUAUUCAUUUUGCCGCUCAACUCAGCUGUUAAUCCACUUUUGUAUACGUUUACAACACCCAAGUAUAGAAAACAGAUUCUUUUACGAGGUUGGCAGAAAUUUACUUCGCGCAAGAAAAUGGAAGCUUCAGCUACGGGCACUGGAUCCAAUCCAGAUGACACACAAAGUAAAGGAAUACCUUUACUGUACAAUACAACCAGAACUCAAAGUACUUAAAAAACUACAUAUUUUAUUCUUAGAUGUAUUUACGUAUAUAAACGC